AUGUUGGAAAUUUUAUGGAAAUAUUUAUUCGUCUACAUAUUAUCGUGUUAUGCCAUACAAGGAUCACCGAUUACUUCAACAUUCAAUGAAAACGAAAAAUUCGAUCUAAAAACCAAUUUACGUUUAAAUAAAAUUAAUGAAAUCAAAAGUUACUUAAAUGAUUCCGUGGAUCCUUGUGACAAUUUCUAUGAAUUUGCGUGUGGAAAUUAUGCAGUGGCAACGGAAAAUAAUUCCAUCGAUGGUACAAUGCUUAAUGUUAAUUUGCUAAUGGGCAAAUAUGAUGAGUUAUUGAGAAAACUGCUGGAGCAGGAAGCAGAGGGAGAGAACGACAAUUUGGUGGAUAAACAACUGAAACAAUUCUAUAAAUCCUGUGUUAAUAUGAUGACGAAAAAGGAUAUGUGUAUUAAGCAGCGUAGGGAUUUCAUAAAUAGUGUGGCUAAAAUGCCUGCCAUGUUGCGCGCCAUUUGGCAGGAAAAUGAAUUCGAUUGGUCCAAAACAAUUGCGGAGAUUGCCCAUACAACUGGCGAAUCGAUAAUAUUACGCAUUGGUGUCAUCACUGAUUUCCUGGAUAAUUCCAAGGCCCAAGUGGCCAUAAUGGAACCCGAUUUUGCCAUGCCGGCAAUUAAUCUAUUUAAAGAGGAAAGCUAUGCGGAACAUAAAAUUUAUUAUAUGAUUAAAAUUUCUGCUUUUCUGCAAAAUAUUCUCGGCGUGGAGGAGAACUUGGCCAAUGAAGUGGCUCAAGAAAUUGUGGAGUUUGAAAUUGAGUUGAGUCAGGGGAAAAUCAACAAACAUUUGGGCCUGCAGAACAGUGAAAUUUAUCAGGAACUUAUGAGCUUGGAGGAGCUCAUGGAGAGAUAUAAGGCGGAUUUAAAUAUAUCUUCCUUGUUAGAAAAGGCUUUGGAUUUCCUCCCAUCCCAGCUCUAUGUAAAUCAUCAAUAUUUGGAAAAGGCUCUGAAGGCUAUACAAAAUACUCCCCAACAUGUUGUGGCCAAUUAUAUUUUCUAUAAAUAUUUUAGUACCCUGGAACUGCCGUAUUCCAUAGAUGCCGAAGAUAUGAAACUGAGUUGUGUUUCCAUAACUCAGGAGCGUUUCUAUAAACAAAUGGAUAAUAUGUUCUAUCGCCAUUACAUUCGAGAGGAUAUGAAGCCUGCCGUGGAAUUUAUGUGGCAUGAAUUAAAAUCCGCCUUCGAACAACAAUUGCGAUCUGACAAACUCAAUUGGAUGGCGGAGAGUACACGUGAAUAUGCCCUGCAAAAACUCGAAGCAAUGCGUUUUUCCAUACUCUCCUUUGAGGCGAAUAAUUUUACCGAAGAAUUUUCCCAGCUGCAGCUAAGUGAUGACAACUAUUUGCAGAACAUUUUGGCUUUGCAGAGAUUGAAGGGUAAUCUAACCCGUUCGGCGGUACAUAGCCCACCUCAACCCGAUGAUGAUGGUUAUGCUGCCUCCUAUGUACCCUCCUAUUCACCCAUAGAAAAUUUACUCAAAAUUCCCGUUAGUUUACUUUAUCAAUACCAUCUUUAUGCCUCGGCCUACCCGAAUGCCUUGAAUUUUGGUACCCUUGGAGUUUUCGUGGGCCAUGAGAUGUUACAUGGCUUUGAUGAUGCCGGCAGGAAAUAUGAUGCCCAGGGGAAUAGUCACAAUUGGUGGCAACCCCAUUGCACCAGCGAGUUUCAAAAGCGGACCAAUUGUUUUAUGCAACAAUAUCAUCGCUACACCCUGCAAGAUGGCCACCAGCUACCCAUGAUGAAAUUGCAAGCGGAAAACAUAGCCGAUAAUGGUGGAAUACGGGCUGCAUUCAAUGCCUAUCGGCAAUGGUAUGAAAAGGCGAAGACCUCAGAUCCUCAAGUGGAGAGUAAAGAAAUAUUGACGGGCCUUAAUUAUACCAAUGAACAAUUAUUUUUCAUAGGUUACGGUCAGGCAUGGUGUUCAGCAUAUGAACCCACCUAUUAUUCUACCAUAGAUGCGGUACAUGUCCCUGGGAAAUUUCGAGUAUUGGGACCUUUAUCGAAUUUACAGGAAUUUUCUAAGGCUUUUAAUUGUCCCCUGGGGAGUAAUAUGAAUCCUGCAGAUAAAUGUGAAAUAUAUUAG